AUGACUCAGUCCGCGACUCCACGAACCGCUAGACAAGAUACCCACGGAGAGACAGUUGACGAUCGCAUCCGCGACUUUUCCGUUUUUCUCGCGCGUCAUGAACAGUUGACUAUCACCGGUUUCAAAAUGACACCUCAGUGCACGGGCACAUUCUAUUAUACCAAGGAGCCUCUUCUCACGCAAAAUAACCACAACCAGUUCACUUUAACCAAGAGACGGUCCGAAUGUGCCUCAGAAAAAAGCAAGAAGAUCAGCAAGAUCAAGUGCGUGAUAGUUGGGGAUAGAGCCGUGGGGAAGACCUCCCUGGCAGUUUCGUACAGUAAUGACAGUUUCCCCAGCGAAUACGUACCGACAGCUUACGACAAUUAUAACGGUAAGUCAGCUGGUGGUCUGUGA